GAUAAGCAGUUUCUGAGGACUGAAGGACCUGCAAAGGGACACCUGCUUUUGAGGUUGCAGAGGUGCUGCAAUGGCUGAGCUGGAGCACAACCUCAGCCUGGCGGACGCUCUGACGGAGCCGCCCCACGAGAUCGAGGAGGAGGUGAAAAGGGACUUCAUUGCCACGCUGGAGGCAGAGAAAUUCGAUGAUGUGGUUGGGGAGACGGUGGAUAAAACAGACUAUGUGCCACUGCUGGAUGACGAGGACGAGGCCAAGCCCGGGAGCCAGGAGCCCAGGGGCAAAGCCCACCCCGACGGAAUUCAGGUGGAACACUCCUCAGCCUGUGGCCCCACGGUGGUGGAGAACGGUGACCAUGGCCUGGGAGAUCAUCACACAGUGUUCCCAGGAGAAAUCAUGGAUGAAAAGCUGUCUUACAAGGAGUUCCUCGACCGCAACGACUCCUGGGCGACGGACGAGCGGGAGCUGCGCUUCGACCCGCAGCCCGUGUUCAAGCCCAUGGAGAUGGCUGACCCCUUCAACAUGCACAGAGGGGAGAACCUGCCGGACCUGUCCUUCCCUGCUGACAUGAGGAACGUGCCGCUGUUCCCGGGCCACGGGGAAGCUCCCAGAGACAUCCUCACACCACACGUGCCCCCUGUAACCACAGAAGCAAUAAAGGCGAGUUUGCCCGAGAGCCCCCCGGCCGUGCCCCCCAACUCUACUCCUGCUGCAGGCUCAGCACUCCCGGGAGAGCCCGGAGCUGCCCACGGACCAAAAGGUGCAGCCCCCGAGGCCACGCCCGUUCCUGCAGAAAAGGCUGGCUCUGUCCAUGCAGGAGACACCAGCCCUGCCCAAGCUCUGGAUGCUGGAUUUGCACCCUCAGCAGCAGCCAACCCUUUCCAGGCCAUGGAUGUUGGGUUUUCUCCUGCCCCUGAAGCCAAGUCUCCUAAAGCUGUCAAUGACAAAUCCAGCCCGGGGACAGACCUUGGCUUCUCCCCCACAGCAGAUGCUCCAUCCCACCAUGCCAUGGAUUUGGGGUUUGCCCCAGCAGCAGCUGUGGAAUCCCACCAUGCCAUGGAUUUGGGAUUUGCCCCAGCAGAAGGUAUGGAAUCCCACUAUGCCAUGGAUUUGGGAUUUGCCCCAGCAGCAGAUGCAGAACCUCCACAUGCCUUGGAUUUGGGAUUUGCCCCGGCAGCAGAUGCUCCAUCCCACCAUGCCUUGGAUUUGGGGUUUGCCCCAGCAGCAGGUGUGGAAUCCCACCAUGCCAUGGAUUUGGGGUUUGCCCCGGCAGCAGAUAAUAAACCUAACCACACCAUGGAUUCUGAGUUUGCCCCAGCAGCAGAAGUCAACCAUCACCAUGCCAUGGAUUUGGGAUUUGCUCCAGCAGCAGAUAAUAAAUCUGACCAUGUUAUGGGCUCUGAGUUUGCCCCAGCAGCAGAAGUCAACCACCACCAUGCCAUGGAUUCUGAGUUUGCUCCUGCAGCAGAAACCAAGCCUCUUCCCACCCUGGAUUCUGGAGCUGUCCCUGCAGCUGACCCCAAAAUUGCUGUGCCUGGAGAGCUGGUGACAUCUGGGUCUGCCCUUCAGCAAGACAAGUCUCCCUUGGACAAGUCUCCUGCAGAAGCAACGGCAAAGGUGGACCAAGAAUCCAAAGUCCCAGAAGCUCGUGUGGAUCAUUUAGAGGACACCAAGGACACCAAACCCCCUCCCAGCCCCUCCAAGGAGCCCCUUCCUGGGCAAACCAACCACCUUCCAGAACCAGCAGCUCCAGCAGAAGCAAAAGAAGACGUUGCACUAGAAAAUAAAGACCUUCCAGAAAAGUCUGUCCCUGCUGUGGUUGUGGAGGCACAAAAGGAGGAGCCUGAGCACAACCACGUGGAACCUCAGCAAGGAGAGGCCCUGCCAGAGCCCACAGUGAAACCAGAGGAGCCCAAACCAGUGGAAGCUGUGACAGGGAACGACAUCACAGCUCCUCCCAACAAGGAGCUUCCUCCCAGCCCGGAGAAGAAGACCAAGCCCUCUGCAUCCACCUCCUCUCCAAAGCCGGCAGCAGCGAAGGCCAAGCCCUCGGCCACCACCAGCCCCAAGCGCCCGGGCUCGGCCACCUCAGGCCCAAACAAAAAAGCCACGAGCCCGACUGCAGGUCCUGCAGCCAGCACUGCCAAACGCCCCGGCACCAGCACCACCCGUCCCUCCUCCUUAGCUGCAAAAGAGACUAAACCAAAGGUUGCGGAUGCGAAGCCCGCGGAGAAGAAGAGCUCCCUCUCCAAGCCUCCAUCCUCCACCACUCCCAAGACUCCUCUCAAGAGCUCCCCAGCUGCUCCCAAGACCACGGCGGCGUCUCCGGUCACGGCAGCUCCUGCUACCAAAACCACCUCGGCCGCGACUCCCAAGAGGCCGUCGUCAAUCAAAACCGACGGGAAGCCGGCGGAGGCCAAGAAGACCUUGGCAAAGUCUCCAUCAGCGGACUCGAGCCGCCCCAGGAGCGCGGCCGGCAAUGCCACCAAGAGCAGCGCCACCACUCCUUCCACCGCGGCCUCCAGCACUCCCAGCGCACCCGGGGCAGCCACCAGUCGCCCCAAACCCAAGGCUGCCGCAUCCAAAACCCACCUCCUCGACCUCCGCCGCCCCGCGGACGCUAAAAAACCCCCCGCCAAGGCCCCCGGCAAGCCCGGCUCCGCGGCCAAGCCGCCCCGGCCCAGCAGCAGCGCCUCCGCCCCCGACCUGAAGAACGUGCGCUCCAAGGUGGGCUCCACGGACAACAUCAAGCACCAGCCCGGCGGGGGGAAGGGGAAAGUAGAGAAAAGGCCCGACCCAGCCGCCGCCGCGCCCAGGCCCGAGCCCAGCGCGGGCACUAAAGUGGCUCCUCCCAAAACAGCCGUAUCAAAAGAGGGGGUCCCCAAACAGCCCAAUGGGAAAGUCCAGAUAGUCUCCAAAAAAGCGAACUACAGCCAUGUUCAGUCCAAGUGUGGUUCCAAGGACAAUAUUAAGCAUGUCCCUGGAGGUGGGAAUGUAAGUAUGGGCUCUGGGCAAGCUGUCUGUCUACUAACUCCUUCUCUUGUACCAUGUUGUUGUGUCACUCUCAAGAAUGCUCUGUUGGAGGCACAAAGGUGUGGCAGAGUCUCAGGGCUCCUGGAAACAAGGCAGGCUGAAGAAUUGUUUAAUUUUCCCUUGGGAUGCCAGGAUGAACGGGGAGGAGAUGUCAAAAUUGAGAACCAGAAGCUGAACUUCAAAGAGAAGGCCCAAGCCAAAGUGGGAUCUCUGGACAAUGUGGGACACUCGCCGGCAGGAGGGGCCGUGAAGGGGUAA